AUGCCGACGGUGGGCAGGUUUGUGGCGGUGCUUCUGCUGACCUGGACUAUGAACUCAGCUGCCCUGCCACGAGAAGAAAACUUUUCUGCACAGACCAGCAGGGAGCAACCCAAAGCUCAGAAAAUUCUCGCUUUGAAAAUGCUAGCAGGGCUCCUGAACGGAGUAGAUGUCAAUCGUGACGCCGCGGCUUUUCCCGACUUCGAGGACCCUCUGGAGAGAAAACUGGCGGACGAGCCCUGGAUGCUGGGGCAGACGCCGCACCUCGGCCCGCGGGAUCGCAAAGCUCCGUGUAAAAACUUCUUUUGGAAAACCUUCACUGCCUGCUAA